AUGAGCGCCAAAUCGUUAUCAAACCAACUGAAGUCGAAAGGCCUUCAACGCCUCCGUUGGUAUUGUCAACUGUGUGAGAAACAGUGCCGAGACGAGAACGGUUUUAAGUGCCACUGCUCUUCACCAGCGCACGUUCGCCAGCUCGCCGUUUUUGCUCAGAAUCAAAAAAAGGUUGUCGAUGGCUUUUCUUCGCGCUUCAAGACAGCGUUCAUCUCAGAGCUCUCAUUAAACCACCGCAACUCACGCGUGGCAGCUAACAAGGUUUACAACGAGUUGAUAGCGAACAAGACGCACGUGCAUAUGAAUGCGACACGUUGGACGAGCCUUACUGAAUUUGUCCAUCACCUUGUCGCAGAAGGUGUUUGUGAGAUAGACGAGACCGAUAAGGGGAUUUUCAUAACAUAUUUGCAUGCUGAGAGCAAGAUUUUUCAAGGAGCUGUGGCGCGAAAGCGAACACAUGAGGAUGACGGAUCGGCGCGAAAGCAAGAAAAGCUUAUUGAGAGGCAGGUGAAACGAGGAGCAGUACCGGCAAAACCUGAGCAGCAUGAGCCUACGGGCUUAAAACUUCAGCAGACUGGCUUUAACAUGGAUUUAACUCGCAAAGAGAAACUUUCGCAGAUGGAGCAGAGUCACUUAGUUGGAACUAUCAUGCGUAUUUAUUGCGCGCCGGGAGAGCAAUCAAAACAGAAGUACAUUGUCACAAACGUUUACAAAGGGAUGGCGACGCUAGAGGGAAUCGGUCCUUUCAAUUCAGCCAAAGUAUCGACUGAUCAUCUACGCACAGUAAUUCCUGCCAUUGGCGCUUCUAUAAAAGUUAUACGAGGAGAGAAUGCCGGUUGUAUCGGUUCGGUAAUAAGCGUGGAUGCGUCAGGAGGCUCACUCAGAGUACUCUUAGAAGGCAGCGGCGAUGAAAUGAACACCUUUUCAUUCGAGGACGUAAGCAAAUUAGAUAAAAAAUACAGCUUUAAUCGUGAUAAGAUGUGA